AUGGCAGGCGAGAAUGACGAACCCUCGCUUGAAAUUAAUCAAAUCCAAGAAAGUUUUUCACCUCUACAAAGUGAUCAAAGAGUUUCCACUCCCCUUGAAAUAUACAGUGACAAUCCAAGUGUCACGUCAGUUACUGCACCAUUGCUAUAUACCUCUUUUGAAGGACCUGAAUGCACAAAUGGCUAUAAAUGUGGUGGCGAAGACGAAGACAGUAGUUUCUUCAAAAAUAAAUUAGCGGAGCAAGGUGAAAAGAAGCUGUGGAUUGCUAUUUGUAUAUCUUUGCUCUUUUUUUGUAUAGAACUUACUGGCGGUUUGCUUGCUGGGAGUUUGGCUUUGUUAAGUGACUCGUUUCAUUUACUGAGCGAUGUCGUUAGUUUUGCAAUUUCACUAUUAUCUAUAUACCUUGCGCGUCGACCCGCAACAAAAUCAUUAUCGUAUGGGUAUCAUCGUGCUGAAAUUUUGGGUGCACUUGUUUCAAUAAUCAUCAUAUGGCUUCUCACUGCUUAUUUGUGCUAUGAAGCGUCCGAUCGAAUAAAUAAUCCAAAACUACGUGUGGAUGGUCAAACGAUGUGCAUCACCGCCAGCAUCGGAGUUGCCGUUAAUAUUGUGUUGAUCGCUGUAUUAGGACAUCAUCACGGGCAUGGUGAACAUGGUGAACAUGAUAACAAUCACAAACACGGAGAAAAUGUGAAUGUUCGUGCAGCUUUACUUCACGUCUUGGGAGAUCUUCUAUCAUCAGUGGGAGUUUUGAUUUCUUCAAUAAUCAUCAUAUGUGAUCCAAAUAUGGCAUGGGUUGACCCAUUGUGUACAUUUAUCUUUUCGGCGCUUGUGAUGGCGACCACCUUUGGAAUAUUGAGAAGUGGCAUAAGAGUUUUGAUGGAAGCCACCCCGUCACAUAUCGAUUCACAUGCUGUGAAAUAUGAUUUAGAACUAAUCGAGGGAGUAGAGAGUGUACAUGAUUUGCAUAUUUGGGAUUUAACCAUCGGAAGAACUACUCUUACAGCCCAUCUUCGCCUUCAUGAGUACAACCCCGAUGUACAAGCCGAACCUUAUGUACCGGCAAAAAUAUUACAUCAAGCAAGGCUUAUGCUCAGGAGUAAAUACAAAAUUUCAUCUGUAACGAUACAAAUUGAGUCGGUUGAGGAUGUAAUCAACAUGCUGAAAAGAUAA